AUGCACGAAUCGACAGUGGGACGCAGGGCACAGCAGCGUCGUCGUUUCUCCACUCGUCCAGGAACCGAGGGAAGCGUUGGGACUGGUUCUGUCGGCCACUUACGUAUUUUCCCGGGAGUAAUGUUGCACCUGUGGAUACUCCUGUCGUUGUGCGUCCCCUGUUCACUGGCGCAAGGGGGGCAUGAGGUGAGGAUGACUGUGAAAGUUUUGUCCCUUAUGUUUAAUUCCGCAGGCGCCACUGUUGACAUCAUAAAUUCUUUGAAUGUGGGGUUUAACGCUUCCUUGGCCGCGCAAAAUUGGACUGUAGUGCCAGGGAUUGACGUCACGGUUAUUAGGCCUCCUUCAUAUAACGUCUCCGCAGCAGAAUACUUGGAGAAUUAUGUGAAAAACGCAGACGACAGUGAAAGUUUGCUGGUUGUGUUCGGUCCGAUGGGGGAGGGAAACAUAAGGAAAUCUUACAAGGUGUUGAAAGAGCACAACCUUGUAGCCUUCGCUCCGCUAACAGAGUUGACAGAAUCCCGCAAGUUUUUGCCGAACUUAUACUUCUUGCGACCUGAACCAAGCGCUGAGCUGGUAGCCCUUAUCCGCUAUGCUGUUAAUCACAUGCGCGUGCUGCGGUUGGGUUUUAUGUACACUGAAAGCCUGGCGGGGGCGCCAUCAGCGCAUUCUCGAGCAACAGAGUUAAUGUCCCAACUAGGGUACGAGCUUUGUUGUCUGUUCACUGUGCCAAAUGAUGUUGAAGAAACUGCCUCCGGUGAGGCGUUCGAAGCAGAGUGGGAAAAGUUUGCCCAGAAUCUUCCACAGGCCGCCAUUAUGUUCACUCGGAUAAACGACUAUACCAAACAAAUUGUCGGGAGGUUAGUGUCCGACCAACGGACCGCGACUACUGUUCUGCUUGCGCCCUCUUUGCUUCAGAAGUCACUCGUUGCUGUAUGGAGGCAGGCCCUGGAAGCGAGCAAUGUAUCGUUUGUACCUCAUCGUUUGAUCCAAACUGGCACAAAUCCGCUUGCCAAGACAACUUACUUCGGAGCAAUCAGACGCUUCCAGAAUGAGGCAAGGGAUUACUUAACGCGGCAUCCGGAAUGGUCAGGUCUCAGCGACUCGAAUCACUUCCUCACCAACGAUGUAGAUGGGGAACUAAUGGUGUACGGAUGGAUUGCGGGUGAGGUACUUAUGCGUGCUCUUAGGAGCAACACAAAAUUGGGCGACCGUAUUUCGUUCAUAAACUCAUUGUACGACCAACGCCGUUACGUGAUCGAUGAUCUUGUAAUUGGAGACUUCGGUGGUGAAUGUGCCACAGGUGCCGCCGCUCAGGGUGCCGUCUGCGACUGCAACCGCGGUGGCAAAAAGGUGUUUAUGAAAGAAGUUGUUAAAGGUUAUCACUUCCAACAUGUCCUUCCAGGGAUUUUCUCAACGAGCCGAGACCACUGUUAUUCUAAUGCCAUCCAACUGCACCCUCCGCUUAGUGGAGUCAUCAUGAGGAUGGCCGACAACCUCACGAUGCUCAGGGCCGCGCUGGAGUUUUAUCAUGGCAUAUCUUCCACAGCCUCACUUUUGAAUGUCGGCGAACUCAACAGACUUAUUAUGCUUCAGGUUGGCAGCACCACAGAACAAUCCAUGAAUGAUCUUGUUGAGCUGCGAAAAAACAGUAUCAUCACAGCGGUGUUUGGGGUUGUGGUCGAGGAAAUGUUAACCGUGAAAAAUUUAACCUUCAUCGAUCCCAUUGUCAUGGAUCCUCGUUUGAACAAGUUCAGAAGUAAUGUAAUCCACCUAUCGCCAACAUUGGAACAACAACUGUACGUGCUUGUGAGCUAUUUGUCCAAGAACCGCCAAGGACCGGUUCAUUUGGCUGUCUAUAGUCGAGAAGGUGCUGAGAUAGCGGAGGUAUUGACGAGGACGCUAGUGACAUUUCGCGCAAAUCUCUCCUCCAGUAAAAUAUUUAGGGACGUGGGCGAGCUGGAGAAAUACCUCCCAGCAAAAGGCGAUGUGUUUCUUCUUGGUAUUGGCAGCGGUAAUAUUCCGAUAGUCAAAGAGUACCUCCGUACUCAUCAAGAUGUGCGUAUUUUCGUCCAGUUUUCCGAGGUAAUGCUGAUGUACGACGAAUUCGUUGGGGUUUUCAACGGUAGCGCGGGUGCGGAGCGUGUUCUUUUCGCAACCAACCUUCCCCACUGGGGCGACACCGAUUCAAAAUCGAAAACAGUUCGAAAGUUCCACAAAGUUGUGAAACCGCCUCACCGAACCCCUUUGGCCCUACUAGGUUUUGCCACUGAGCGGCUUAUGCAGCGAAAUAUCCGUCGAAUGGAAAAGGUGACCUCCCAACUGUUGGUCGACCUCUUCUUUGAGGAAGCCUCAAUCACUGUUGACGACAUGCGGUAUGGCACCUACGACAGAGAAAGUUGCCUGAUUUCAGGUUUUGCCGCGGCGGCCAAUUGCAUCUCGAAUUUUGGUGCUACGAACAUAUCCGUGUGGUCCAUGGCGCGUGUGAUGAAUUCAAGUGUGCCAGUGUUGCAAGAUCCGGUUACGCCACAAAUGUUUUACGUGGACCCCAACGCAAAUGGCCUUACAGCGGCGCAACUAGCAGGUGCUAUUGCUGGGUCUGUUCUCCUUUUUUUUGUGCUGCUCUUUAUUGCGGUGCCGUUGUACUUCGCAACUCGGAGCGGGCGCGACAAUGACAACGCCCCGAAAGAACUAACAGCCCCCGUUACCAUUGUUUUCACGGAUAUUGAGGGCAGCACGGCGCAGUGGGCAGCACACCCUGAGCAAAUGCCCGACGCCGUAGCCACGCAUCAUCGUUUGAUCCGCUCCCUUAUUGUGCAGUACCGCUGCUACGAGGUGAAGACCAUCGGGGACUCGUUUAUGAUCGCGUGUAGGAGCCCUCUUGCGGCUGUACAACUUGCGUGCAACUUGCAGCGAUCAUUCCUCCUUCACAACUGGAGAACCACACUGUUUGACCAAUCCUACCGGCAGUUUGAGGAACAGAGAGCUGAGGUGGAAAAUGAUUAUGUUCCACCAACUGCUCACCUCGCCGAUGAGGCGUACAGCCAAAUGUGGAACGGGCUGCGUGUACGUGUUGGAAUCCACACGGGGUUAUGCGAUAUCCGACACGAUGAAGUGACGAAGGGUUAUGACUACUAUGGGCGCACAACUAACAUGGCUGCGCGGACAGAGAGUGUCACCAACGGUGGGCAGGUGCUUCUGACUCGGGCCACUUAUCUUGCGAUGAGCGGCAUGGAACGUGAGCAAUUUGACGUAACCGCCCUCGGUGCCUUACCACUGCGUGGCGUACCGGAGCCAGUUGAGAUGUACCAGCUGAAUACAGUAGCUGGUCGACAGUUCGCAGCACUUCGUCUCGACAGGGAUGUUGACGUGCUGAAUGACGGUACAGACGGCUCGGUACUCUCUACCAGUGAUCACAGUUCUUCACGUGCGGAGUUGAGUGAGUCUUCCCAAGUUAUAGUGACCUCCUUGAACGCUUUACUCGGUACUUUCGCGCGUGCUCAGCGGCAAAAGGCGCUUUUACCCUUCUGUGAGCGCUGGCGUGUGGUGUUGCCGCGCAAGCCACCUGCCAUUUGGGAUGACAGCUACUACCAGGAGGUCAUACGGCGCAUCGCAGUGAAGGUUGGGCACGUUGUGGAUUACUGCGCGUCGAGUGGCGCUGAUCAUACGUUCAGUACGCUAACGAGCGCCUCGCUGAUUGUCAUUACCCAGCCACGCGGUUCUUCCUCUUAA